CGGUGCCGGUUGCCGAACGCGAGCGCCCUUUCUAGCGUGGCAGUUCCCGCUCUGGACAAUUCUUUGAUCGAGUAUACCGGUGCGGUAUCACACCGGCGAGCUCCAAGCCAUCAAAGACGAGCGCUCGAGCGUCUCGACAUGGCCAAAUUGGAUACGAAACGCGGCCCGGGUGUCCCAUCUCAGACAUGCUUCCCGGGUCACGUAGCCGUGGUAUCAACAACGCUCAUGCUUCUUCUCCCGCGCUCCCACUGGUCCGAUUAUUCCAAGCCUCGUGGUCGGUACGAUCUGGCUCUCGGAGCCCAUGGUACCUCACCCAUCGGAACCGCAAAUCCCUCCUUUCUGGGGUACGCAACCCAGCCGCAGCCCAGCCGCAGCCGCCCAGGAGUCGUCGUUCCGGAAGCCGGCGCGGAACUCUGCCCGACGCAGGUCUGCCGCACGGUCAGGGAUUACCGUAGGACUCGGCCGAAUCCCACUAUACCAGGAUGUUUGGACACCGGCUCUCUCGUUCACUUGCUGAGGGUGCUCCAUGAACCAACGAGCACGACGGAAAAGGUGCCAUUGUCGGAGAGAAUGGUACCUUACCGUGACAUCUUCCCAGGGAAGCAAUAUCAUGGUAACGUCCCCACGCUCUCAUGGUGUCUUCCCGACUCAGUAGGGACAUGUUUCUCCGUCCCUGCCAAGGAGGGCCUGGCAGACUACGGGAAUAUCGGGCGCCCCCGGUCUGUGGUAGCUCUACUCACGGAGGGAGGCCAGAGAGCGACCAUCAGCUCCAUCGCCACAUCAUGGGUUGGCUCCGUCACGAACAAGCCCUCAACCAUCGCUCACACCUCUCCCGCAGCAGCUAGCAAAACUAUUGAUUCCGGCUAUGGCUCUUGA